AUGCUCCGCGGCUACCUCGCGCACGGACUCCCGCAGCUGGCGAUCGAGCUCUUUCAAGGGAUGGCCUGCCCGCCUGACCACCAUACGUACCACCUUGCCCUGACCGCGUGCGCCCGCGCCUCGGAGUUUGAGCUUGGUCGGCGUAUCGGGAGCGAAGCGGCCGCGAGAGGGUUUGCAUCUGACCUCCUGGUUGGUACGGCGCAGGUCGUGAUGUAUUCUGAAGCGGGUGAUACGGAGGCUGCUCGCGUGGUGUUUGAUGGAAUGCGGCACCGAGAUGAUGUGGUGUGGACUGCCUUGAUUGCUGGAUAUGCGCGCGUGGGUCAGUUGGACCAGGCUCUGAGGUUAUUUCAAAAGAUGAGGUCGGCGGAUGGAGUGACCCCCACUGAGUCGACACUGGUGAGCUUGGUUUCUGGGUUUGCAAGUUCUGGUUCUUGGAAGGCUCGUAAUAUGAUGCACGCUCUUGCAAUUAGGUCUGGUUUCCACCUGAGCGUUUUUGUUUGCAAUGCUCUCCUGGAGUUGUAUGCUGAGUUUGGCUGUUUGAACGAGGCUGUGAUGUUGUUUCGCCAGAUGGAGGUGAAGGAUUCCAUCACUUGGAGCACCAUGAUCGGCGGGCUUGUUCGGAAUGGACGGCCAGAUUCUGCUCUUAAGGUUUUCCGUUGGAUGGUUUCAAAUUCUACCGUGUUGCCCACCAGGUCAAUCUUGCUUAAUGUCAUUGUGGCAUGCACUGAGCUGGGUGACCUGGAAGAAGGAAAAUGGAUCGAGCAAAGCUAUGUGCUGGCUAAUUCUAGUGAAUUCAAUAGAGACCCUUCAUUGGUAACUGCACUCAUAUAUAUGUAUGCAAAGUGUGGACAGUUAGAUUGCUCAGUCGGUCUUCUACACGGAGUCGAACAAGUUAGAGAUGAUGUAGUUGCAUGGAAUGCUCUGGUCAAAGGGUGUGCAGUUUUUGGACAAGUGCAAAAGGCAAUUGGAUUUACAGUGGAAAUGCAGAGGCUAGGCAUUCACCCAGAUGCUGUCACGUUCUUGGAGAUCCUACCUAUGAUCUCUUCGAUUCCCUCACUGAAAAAGGGGAUGGAAGCACAUGGUCAGAUCAUUAAAAGAGGUUUCCAGAAUAAAAGGACAAUUGCUAAUUCACUUAUUAGCAUGUAUGGUGGAUGUGGGAGUCUUAGACAUUCACUUGAUGCCUUUAGUGGGAUUGUGGACAAGGAUGUAAUCUCUUGGACUACUAUGAUUCAGGUCUAUGCCUGGAAUGGACAUGCUGCUGAAGCUGUCAAGCUUUUUGAGCUGAUGAAGAAAACAGAAGUGAAACCGAACCGUUACACUUUUCUUACUGGGUUGUCUGCAUGUAGAAACACAGGUCUUGUUGAAGAGGGAAUGGACUUGCUCAAGUGCAUGGAAGAACAAUAUGGUCUUGAGCCGGAUGUUGAGCAUAUAUCAUGUGUUGUUGAUAUGCUCUGUCGUACUGGACGCUUGACUCAUGCAUAUGACCUGAUUAAAAAUACUAUUUCUGAACAUGUUGACAAUACAGUAUUGUGGGGGAUAUUGCUAAGUGCUUCCCGUUCAUAUGGGAAUUUGGUAAUUGGAGAAGCAGCGGCCAGACAUCUCUUGUCUCUUGAUCCAGAAAAUCGAGCCAACUAUAAAAUGCUUGCUGAUAUUUAUGUCUCGCUUGGGAGGAGGGAUAGUGCUGAUGAUAUCCUUAGACUAUCAUUGUCAAGAGGACUGAACUCGAUACCAGGCAGCAGCUGGACCGAAGUGGAAAUAUUACGCCGUCUCACGGCUCCAGAUCAAUCAGCGGAGACGUAUAAUCAGCAAGUGUCUGGGAAGUAG